AUGCAGUUUCUUCGGGCCGGCUUGACUCUGGCCCUGGGCGCAGGGCUGGGUGCAGCUGCCGAGGGCUGGCGGCGGCAGUGGGCGGACGCGCGAGCGACGCCGGGGCUGCUGAGCCGGCUGCCGGUGCUGCCAGUGGCGGCGGCGGCGGGUCUUCCCGCGGUGCCCGGGGCUCCCGCGGGUGGCGGCCCGGGCGAGUUGGCCAAGUACGGGCUGCCCGGGGUGGCGCAGCUCAAGAGCCGCGCAUCGUACGUGCUGUGUUACGACCCGCGCACCCGCGGUGCGCUCUGGGUGGUCGAGCAGCUGAGGCCCGAGGGGCUCCGCGGCGACGGCGACCGCCACUCCUGCGACUUCCACGAGGACGACUCGGUGCACGCGUACCACCGCGCCACCAACGCCGACUACCGCGGCAGCGGCUUCGAUCGCGGCCACCUCGCCGCCGCCGCCAACCACCGCUGGAGCCAGAAGGCAAUGGACGACACCUUCUACCUCAGCAACGUCGCUCCCCAGGUGCCCCACCUCAACCAGAAUGCCUGGAACAACCUGGAAAAGUACAGCCGCAGCCUGACCCGCACCUACCAAAAUGUCUACGUCUGCACGGGGCCACUCUUCCUGCCCAGGACAGAGGCUGAUGGGAAGUCCUACGUGAAGUACCAAGUCAUUGGCAAGAACCAUGUGGCGGUGCCCACCCACUUCUUCAAGGUUCUGAUCCUGGAGGCGGCAGGCGGGCAGAUAGAACUCCGCUCCUAUGUGAUGCCCAAUGCACCAGUGGAUGAGGCGAUCCCGCUGGAGCGCUUCCUGGUGCCCAUCGAGAGCAUUGAGCGGGCCUCGGGACUGCUCUUUGUGCCAAACAUCCUGGCACGGGCGGGCAGCUUGAAGGCCAUCACUGCGGGCAGCAAGUAA